UAGUAGUUAUUUUUUUGGGGGAUUGCUCAGACCCAUAUGACUUUUCCGUGGUUUUUACCGGCGUUGCAGUAGUUUGUUCAUUCGGCUAACGUAUUCAUGUUAGUGUUAUAGUGGAUUGAGCUUUGGUGAUUGUGUAGCAGCACCAAAGAUGUGUUUUUGGGUCUGAAAAGUGUUGAAAGAAAUAUAAAUAGAGGGAAAGAUUGAAGGACGAAACGCAGUUUGUAUUGCCGUUUGGGAUCAGGUCCUUUCUCAUAUGAAUAUAAAUAGUAUACGCAACUUGGUGCUAAACUAGCCCUGUUGUGUUUUAGCUGAAGCUUGGUGCUCAGUGAGAUGAACUGUUAUGAGUUUGUCUGCUAGAUAUGUAAGUAGCAUGCAUCAAAGCCAAAAGAUUCGCUUUAGUUGGAAUAGAUACUACUGAAUACCAAAAGCGGAAAAGCUUUUCGGUGGUGGAAACUCUAAAGCAAUAUGUAACUGUAAUUUUGCAGCGGUUAUCAUCAAGUGGCUAUUCUUUUCGGUGAACAAAGACUGGCUCAAAGGCAUAGUGAAUACUUAUUUUGAAGUUACUCUACUUACGGAAUAUAGAUUGUGCAAGAAAAGGGGGAAAUAAAAGAAUAUUAAAACUUGCUCCUUGCAUUUGUGUUUUGAAUUUGUAGUUAUUUGAUGGAGACCUCAUCUCUACAUUUCUCAGGAAGAACAUGACGAUGAAUAUGAAGAAGAAGCAGAGGUUGCUGAUGUUUUUGACAGUGACUUUGAUGAAGAUGAACCUGAGCCAGAUGAAGAAGUAGAAAAUGAACCAGAUGAUAGGACUCGACCAAAAAAGCGACUAAUAUUCCCAGGAAAGACAAUAUCUAAGAAUAAAAAGAAAAAGAGGGUACAUAAAUCGGAAAGGGUUCCUCGAGAGGAAGGAACUUCUGAGCAAUCCACUCCUCCUGAGCAUCAUGAUGCUCCUGAAGAUGUGGAAGUGGAAAGAACCAUUAGGAAAUCUACUAGAACUUCAGUUAUUGUUAAGCAAGCUGAGAGGGAGGCAAUACAAGCAGCACUGCAAGCAACAAUAAGGCCAAUUAAAAAGAAAAAGGAAGGCGAGGAGAAGCGGAUGACCCAAGAAGAGAUGCUUCUGGAAGCAGCUCAAACAGAAAUUAUGAACCUUAGAAAUUUGGAGCGAGUUUUAGCUAGGGAAGAAGAAGUUAAGAAAAGAGCAGUUGUGCAUAAAGCAGUUUACACAGGCCCUCAGAUACGAUAUCUUUCAAGAAAUGGUUCUUCAUUUCUUGAGUAUAUGAAUGGAGCGUCAUUUGAAUCAGAGAUAUCAACAGAAUCCCAUCCUUACGCAGAAAAAGCAAUUUGUGCUGUCACUGGGUUACCAGCAAAAUAUCGCGAUCCGAAGACUGGGCUACCAUAUGCAACAAAAGAAGCUUUUAAGAUGAUAAGAGAGGAGCUGUCGGAUAAAAGCAAAAGCAUUUCAGAGAAAAAAAGCAAGGAACUCCUCUCUGAUGCAAUUCCUGAGCAAGGAUUUUCUCAAAGACGAAAGAGAACAAUGUUUCCAAAGAGAGAAACAUCAUACUUCCGGCCUUUUGCUCGUUUCCGUAGAUUUCCUGCUAGUGAAAUAGAAGAUUCAGAAUAGUGACGAUGUGAGCUGGUGUUCUAUAUUUCUUGUCUUCUGUGCAUGUAUUGACAGAUGUUUUGCUAGAUCAGGAUAUUGUGAAUACAGAGUUAGGACAGAUUUUGUAAUCUUUGUUAUUAACCAAUCGCAGAGCACAUAAUUAGCACCUGACCAAGAUUAAAUUACUGAACC